AUGAUUAUGGCGGCCAAUUCGGGGGCAGCUAUCUCCGCCACCGGCGUGCGCAAGGAUUUCGGCGACCGCCGCGUCCUGCAUAAUCUGGAUUUGCAAGUGGGCUGGGGCGAAAUUGCCGCCCUGUUCGGCGCCAACGGCGCCGGCAAAACCACCCUUUUGCGCAUCCUCGCCGGCCUCACCCGGCCUGAUGACGGCCAACUCCACAUCGGCAACCGCCGAGUCCACCGCGGCGGCAACGCUGCCGCCGUCUGA